CGUGACUCACUGACAAGCCCUCUCCAGUCCGCCAAGUGCAUUAUUCCCCUUGCCGACUUUAGCCUCCCCUUGAGCCACAGUGUCGGUCUGGUGGGGCCCGUCAUCCGCUGGAGCUACCCUCGACAACCCUUAAGAGAUUGGCGGCGAAAGUGUCGACUUUGAGAAGAGGAGACACCGAGGAAUAACCGCGCAACUUGGACUUUACUAUAUCGUCUCUGCAUGGAAGCGAAUGGUUUCGUGUCCAGGCGGGUGGACACACCAAGCGUCGAUGCCGGGGUUACUGCUGGAGCUGCAGGGGCAGACAUUCGAUGGCUCGGCGGGAGGAUUUUGGAUGCUACGGAGGGGUUUGUUGGUGGUUUGUCACCGCCACGGAUAACAGCGGAACCGGACUUUACUGCGGUGUUGCAACUUCGAGCAGUCCCAGAGCCCACGGUGGCUGCUACGGAGACCGAAAUAGACUACGAGGGGCUCCCCCAGGGUGUAGCCACCAGUACACACAUGUUAGCCGGCGCCGUGGCUGGCAUCAUGGAACACUGUCUAAUGUAUCCCAUCGACUGUGUUAAGACGCGGAUGCAGAGCCUGCAGCCCGAGCCGGGGGCGCGUUACCGUAACGUGAUGGACGCGCUACGUCAGAUCGUGCGUACCGAGGGGGUGUGGCGACCUGUGAGGGGACUGAAUGUCAUGGCGAUAGGGGCGGGGCCAGCCCAUGCUCUGUACUUUGCCUGUUAUGAGAAACUCAAGUUCUCACUCAGCAACGUGGUCCACCCGGGAGCGAACAGCCACUUUGCUAAUGGAAUGGCAGGCUGCAUGGCCACUGUACUCCAUGAUGCAAUCAUGAACCCAGCAGAAGUGGUGAAGCAGCGUAUGCAGAUGUACAACUCCCCGUACCGCGGCGUGUCUGACUGCGUGGGCUCCAUCUGGAGGCGCGAGGGCCCCGGGGCCUUCUACCGCUCCUACACAACGCAGCUGACCAUGAACGUCCCCUUCCAGGCUCUCCACUUCAUGACCUACGAGUACCUCCAGGAGCUGCUCAACCCCCACAGACAGUACAACCCCUCCUCUCACGUCAUCUCCGGGGCGCUUGCUGGGGCCAUUGCCGCCGCCGCCACCACCCCGCUGGAUGUCUGUAAGACCCUCCUCAACACCCAGGAGGCCCUAGCGGUCCAUGCCGAGGUCCCAGGAGCGCUGGGGGUUGGAGCGAGUGUAGGGACGGCGUCGGCCACUGGGGGGCGCCACAUCUCGGGGUUAGGGGAGGCGUUCCGGACUGUGUACAGGAUGGGGGGCGGGACGGCGUUCUUUAAGGGUGUCCAGGCCAGGAUCAUCUAUCAGAUGCCCUCCACUGCCAUCAGCUGGUCCGUCUACGAGUUCUUCAAAUACGUCAUCACCAAGCGCCAGUACGAGAGAAGACUGCACCACCGAGACGGAGAGAAGUAGAGAGGGAGGGGCGACCUUCACUCAAAAUGUCCCCCAAGGAACCCACCCCCAUAGAGAUGUACUAGAGAGCUCAGCUCCUAUCUUUGGGCCAAGUUCCCCCUCUAUCUAACUCUAUAACCACCCCACAGUAACCCCACCUCUGACCAUUUGACCUCUGACCUUCUAAACUAACCAGGAAAUAAAAGCCCCUCCCCCUAGUGUGUUUGACUAGAAGAGAUACAGCUUUUGUCAAAAUUCACCUUACACAGCAGGUUUAGAACUUACGCAGCAGGUUAGGAGAAUUGCCGUAGCAGUUUAGGAGAAUUAGGUUAAGGUAAGGAAAAGUGUAAGGGUUAGCAAAAGUGAAGUUUUGUUUUUUGUUGCCAAAAGCUGUGUCCCAUCUACACCUGACCUCCUCUUAUCCCCUCACAUAGGAGAACAAGUCCCCAUCUUUCACAUAGUUUAUUAUAGGCAUACUGUAUAUGGCACUUUAAAUCAAAUAUACACUCACUGGCCAGUUUAUUAGGUACACCCAUCUAGUACCGGGUCAGACUCCCUUUGCCUCCAGAACAGCCUGAAUUCUUUGGGGCAUGGAUUCUACAAAGUGUCGGAAACGUUAUUUUCUCAAUUGGUAUCAAGGGACCUAAGGUGUGCCAGGAAACAUUCCCCACACCAGUACACCACCGCCACCAGCCUGUACCGUUGACACCAGGCAGGAUGAGUCCAUGGACUCAUGCUGCAUACGCCAAAUUCUGACUCUGCCAUCAGCUUGACGCAACAGGAACCGGGAUUUGUCAGACCAGGCGAUGUUGUUCCAUUCCUCAAUUGUACAGUGUUGGUGAAGGCGUGCCCACUGGAGCUGCUUCCUGUUGUUUUUAGCUGAUAGGAGUGGAUUCCGGUGUGGUCGUCUGCUGCAAUAGCCCAUCUGUGACAAGGACCGACAAGUUGUGUUCUGAGAUGCUGUUCUGCACACCACUGUUGUACUGCUCCGUUAUCUGUCUGUUUGUGGCCUGUUACCUUGCACCACUCUAGCCGUUCUCCUUUGACCUCUCUCAUCAACGAGAUGUUUUCCCCCGGGACUGCCACUGACUGGACGUUUUUUGUUUGUCGUGCCAUUCUCGGUAAACCCUAGACUGUCAUGUGUGAAAAGCCCAGGAGGGCAGACUGAUGAGAUACUGGAUCUGGAGUACCUGGCACCAACAAUCAUACCACGCUCAACGUCGCUUAGGUCACUCGUUUUGCCCAUUCUAACUUUCAAUGGAACAGUAACUGAAUGCCUGUCUGCCUGCUUUAUAUAGCAAGCCACAGCCACGUUACUCACUGGCUGUAGGAGCCAUCCAUUUUGGUGAAUGAGCUGAUGUACCUAAAACUGUCCAGUUACUGUCUAUAUUAUUAUAAUUAUAUUUCUGCAUUUCCCUACUAUAACCACUAGGGGGCUUUGAGUCUCGUCCUCCAUUGGCUUUAUGGACAGAUCUAAAAGAGUCCCAAUAUAUACUUUCUCCUGCAAAUGUGCACUCGUUCACUACUUCCCACAAAUCUAAUAGCAUUGGGUUGGUGGAGACAUGGGCCAGUCAGUUUCCACCAUAUUUCUUAUACCAGUCAUUUCCUUUUAAAUCAGUGAAGGGAAGUGAACAAGGGCACACUUUGGGAGGAAGGUGAGGUCAUGGGGACGUAGACCAAGUGAAGACAUCUGUAUUGGGUGAUGACUGGAGUCAGUGGAUUCAGCAUUAAGGAUAUAUCUAUAGUCACUACUACCACUGGACUAUAUUUAGAUUAACGUCUAGCAUUCUGAAAUGGGAAGGAAAUUCAUCAGAUUGUUUCAUGCAACGCUAUUUAAAACAAUAACGGCCUUUUCCAUCUUUGAGAUAGUGACUUGGCUUGUGUUAACUUAUUUCUCCGCCUGUAUGUAUACAUUGAGGAAUAUGAGUAUUUUGACUUGAAAUGUUCAACACAUUGGAGUUGAUCAAGGCAGUGGUGUUGACUGUGUGUGGAUGUGACUGACUGAAUGAGGAAGAGAGAAAUAAAUAAAAUAGGAGUGCAAAGCGCUAGAACAUUGAGUGCAAAGCGCUAGAACAUUGAGUGCAAAGCGCUAGAACAUUGAGUGCAAAGCGCUAGAACAUUGAGUGCAAAGCGCUAGAACAUUGAGUGCAAAGCGCUAGAACAUUGAGUGCAAAGUGCUAGGACACCAUAUAGAGAAUAAUGUGCCUUUUGGGACAGAACCUCUGGGGAUGGUAGGAGGGUGUACUACACCUCCAGUCUACCAGACUGUUGAGAGUUAUGGGCUUUGUUUCAGAUGGCACCCUAUUCCCUUUAUAGUGCACUACUUACAGGGAGAAGAAGACCUUUCCCUUGAGAGUGCGUGUAGUGUCCCAAAUGGCAUCUUGGCCCCUAUAUAGUGUACUACUUUUGAUCACGGCUCAUAUGGAUCUGGUCAAAAGUAGUGCACUAUAUAGGGAAUAGGGUGCCAUUUGGGACGGAACCUUCUGACCACGCACCGCUUUCUAGCACUUAUAGUCAUUUACAGUUAUGUGUGGUGACUAAUCAUUUAAAUAGUAACUUACAUACAUGUAGUUACUUAUCCUAUGGUAACUAAUCAUUUAAAUAGUAACUUACAUACAUGUAGUUACUUAUCCAAUGGUAACUAAUCAUUUAAAUAGUAACUUACAUACAUGUAGUUACUUAUCCUAUGGUAACUUUAGCAACAUUUACUACGUACACACGGCCUUCGAAUCAGCCGCCAUGAGUCAAACGCACAAAUACGAAGUCCUACUGGACCCUAACCUUCAUUUCUGAAGCCAUAUUAUUACAGGAAAGAACAUGUGUGAAUAGGAAUACUCUAUCCUAGAUGAACUCAUUCUACCUGUAAAGGAGUAGAGUUUCAGACAAGUGUUCUGGAACCGACCUGAUAAGUGAAGAUUUAAUAUAAAGGUUCCUUCAUAUUAUGGUUGGAAAAUUCGGGGAACUUUUCAAAAUUCUCAGUUUAUCCAGAAAUGUUCCUGUAAUCAUUAGGAAAAAAGCAGGGCAUCCUGAAUCCCCAAUGACCUGUUGAAAACUUGGAAUUUGGGGAAGUUAGGGGAAUUUUGGAUCCUUGUAAUAGAUUACUUGGCAGGAUAUCCCCCUCAUAUAGACUAACCAACUGCCACCCAGAUCGGCACCCUAUAGAACCUAUAGGUAGAAACAACAACAUACUGAAUACAUAAGUAGCGAACAACGUUUUGAAUAUGUUAACAGUUAACUUAAAGGGGAAGUUCACUAUUUUACAACUUUGUCAGAUGGUUCCUCAUCCUGAAAGUAGUCUAUGGGCCAGAAAAAACUUAUCAAUGCUUCAGGGUUUUUAAACAACCACUACAAAAUUCAGUCAACUUUAGCCACCGCUAGCUCCUAAAAUACUGAACUUCCCCUUUAAAGGAGUUGGUGAGAGAAAAGAUAACUGAAUGUAGAAUGUGUGUUUCCUGCCGUAUGCCAUGUUUGGGAGUGGAAACCAAAGACUGAAAGAACGGGGGAUGGGUGAAUUUCAUGUGAUGAAAAUUAGGAAAAGCUAGAGAAGAGGAUUGAUCUGUAUUGAAAGAGAAACUUCUUCCUGUAUUAUUUUGUGAAUUGUAAAUAAAUAGUCGCUAACGGGCAGCGCCUCGCAGAAGCAGGGUCUUCUCUUGGGACUGCUGCCCCCAUGUGCUGGAGAGAAAUGAUCCAUGA